AUGGCACCUGUGAUAGCUGUUCUACUCACUGUGGUGUAUUUCACUUUUGCGUUGGUGGAAUCGUGCCCUGUUAUCACCCAGCAAUUAAGCGAUCCGCCUUACGAGAACUAUUUUUAUUCCGACUGCAACACUGACGCGCAGGUUGUUGUCACAAGUCCCCUCUCUGAUAGCAAUCUGUCCAUCAUCGGCCCGCGAUUGAUCGUUGCAUGGCCUGCGGGGAACAGCGGUAUAUGCACUUUCUUCGAACCUCAGAACGAGAAGAAUGGAACGCUGGCUAUUGAGCUCGUCAACUCGACCCUUGGAUCCCCUCUUGGCGUCAUCAAUCGCAAUGGAGAAGACCAGGAAUACCCAUUUGUUGGAGUUGAGGGUAUUCUUUCUUUCAACACUUCUGCAAAACUGACGGUGGCUAUUUUGGGGAGUAUCCGCAACAUCCGAGACUUCACUGAAGGGCCGAGCAUCCUCAGUCCGAUCAUACAAAAUGCUACCAACAUCACAAGAGCCAAGAACGGAGGAGUUCUCAUAUCUCGAUUAUGGCUGGACAAUAUCACAACCACCAACCUGCUUCUACAGCCCUGGGAAAGCAAGCAAAGCAGCAUUUCGACCGACAGUGAAACUGUCAGCUUCGGGGCUGGCUUCUACCGUUUCGCAGCUUCGUUCAACUACCCACAGCUCAAGCAACUCUCACCAGAACAAGUUCUCAACAACCAAUCCCAAUCUCUGAUACAAAAAGAAGCAUCUCAAGUUCGAUCUUUGUCGUUCUUCUCAUAUACCGACAAGCUCCUCGCCGGUGGCUGGCGCUUCCUGACGUACUUUGGCCGUGACACCAUGAUUGCUGCACUUUUGCUCGACCCCGUUCUCAGCGUAGGAAACAGCUCAGCCUUGGAGGCAGUGGUAGGUGCCGUCCUGGAGCGUAUCAAUCGUACCGAUGGAUCCGUCUGCCAUGAAGAGACCAUCGGCGAUUAUGCGACGUUUCUGAACUUGCAGAAGGGUAUUAUGUCGACUGCGCCUGGCUUCACCUAUCCAAUGAUAGAUACCGACUUCUUCUUACCUGUUCUUAUGGAAAGAUACUUCGGUGCUUUCCCAGGCCGAAUUGAGCCACUACUCAGCACAAAAGCAGGGGACGUUGACGUUGAGAAUCGGAAUCUGACCUGGGGUGGACUGAGCUACAUCAACGCACAGAAGAUCAUGAACAUCACGAGAGCAUUCGAAGAGGAGCAAGACGUAAAGAAUCUGAUUCAGCUCAAGAAAGGCGAGUUAGUCGGCCAAUGGCGCGAUUCGACUUAUGGUCUUGCCAAUGGCCGGAUUCCAUUCGACGUGAACUGUGCUUUGGUGCCAGCAGCUCUUUACGCCAUCUCGAAGCUUGCGAAGGUGCCUGGAGUUUACCCGAAUAACUCUAUAACGAGGGACUGGAGUAUGAUCGCAGAAAAGAGAGCUAAGAUCUGGGAGGACAAUACACUGUCUUUAUUUCGAUACAAUGUCACGGUUGAAGAGGCUACCUCUCGCUUGGAGGAUUAUAUCGACACCAACACAUUCUACGAUGGCCCAACGAACGCAAAGUCUCUAUCAAACUACUCGUCUUCUGGAACACUCGUAGACUACGCGAUCGCGAUCAAUACUACGAAGAGCCCAGAUAGGAUUGAGAUCACGCACACGGAUACGGCAUUCCGCUUGUUUCUUCUCAACUCGACAAAUGAUGAGCAACUGACAACCUUCCUGAAUGCCACCGCAAACGCCAUCCUUCGUCCAUUUCCCGCAGGAUUGAGCACACCCUACGGCAUCGUGGUAGCCAACCCAGCAUUGGUAGACAACAAAGAAAUAACCGCCGGGUUUACGAACUCUGCUUACCACGGAACGGUUAUCUGGAGCUGGCAGCUAGCUCUGAUGGCUAAAGGCCUCGAGCGUCAACUCGCAAGGUGUUUGUCAAAGUCCCAGGACGACACUCCUGCAUUCUGCAGUCAUGACGGCGUCCACGAGACAGUGAAGAAUGCAUACAAUCAUCUUUGGGAUAUCAUUGAGGAUAACAGUGGACGUUUGCAGUCAGAGGUUUGGAGCUGGAGCUACAGUGAGAAAGGUGGCUACAAAUUCGCGCCUCUGGGAACUCUGCCGCCUCCACCUGGGCUGGGAUCCGGAACGGAGAGUAAUGUAAGACAGCUUUGGAGUUUGACUUUCCUUGCAGUCAAGAGGAACAAAUCUUUCGUCUAA